AUGACGCCCGGUGAAGGAAAUAAGUGCAUGGAAAUCUACAAAGCUGCUGGGAAAUUCAUGGGGCCGGAAUUAGCUAUUUUUUAUGUUCCUCCCCCUCCCCACCUCCCCCUGGAAUAUCCCGAAGAUGAACAGCUGGGACAGUUAUUGGCACAUGACAGAAUAACAGAGAAAAGAAAUGCUGGAAAAGUGGUGUGA